UACAGAUGGGCUGGAACCUUGUCCCACUAACUCUUGUACCAACUUGAAACCACACGAAGGAGAUCAGAUAAAGGGACAGUGGUCACUGAUACAGGAAGGAACAUAAGUGCUCCCUCUCUCUUCUACUAUUUAACAGCAUUCGAGGAGGGCACAGAACUGAUCUCUGAUCCAGAAAUAAGAGUGAGCCCAGAUGUGAUCAUUGAAGGUUCUGAUAUGUCCAUAUUCUGUCAUUAUACUCCAACCUCACCAGGAGAGAGUUCAGACCUACAAUUUGCAUUAUACAGAGAUGAAACAAUAUUGUACCAAUUCAGUUCUACCAGUGAGUGGGAAUUUUCCCCGGCUAAAGCUGAGCACUCGGGAUAUUAUUCAUGUGCAGUUAGAACCUGGAAUCGAGAACAGAGAAGUGAUGCUGUCUAUAUUGAAAUACCAGAUCUCUUUUUAGAACCUGUAAUAAAAGUCAAGCAAAACCCAAUAACCGAAGGGGAUCCCUUGUCCUUAACAUGCUACACACUGAAACACAAGUAUGGAAAUAAUGCUGACUUGGAGUUUUCUUUCUACAAAAUGACACAUGGAGCCAUGCAGAGCAGUUCCAUAAGUGACCUAAAUGCUUGGCUUCUACAGCUCAGUCUCUCCAAUGAAUACGAAGUUCCGUUUGUUCAGCUGCAACACUCUGGGAAUUAUUUCUGUGACGCAGAAACAUCAGAUAACAGAGUUUAUAAAAGGAGUUCUACUGUAACUAUCCAGAUAACUGAGUUGUUCUCCAGACCAGAAGUAAAAGUGAGUCCAAGUCCCCUGGCAGAAGGCAGUAACAUGACCAUAACCUGUGAUACAGCCCUUCAUCCAUCCAGAAGAAGCACACAGCUGCAAUUUGCCUUUUAUGUAAAUGGGAGUACUGUGCAGAAAUUCAGUUUGUCCAAAAAAUACCAAGUUUAUUCAGUUGUGCCCAAAGAUUUAGGAGAUUAUUCUUGUGCUGCAGCAACUCCUACUGUUUCUAUACUGAAAAUCAGCAAAGUGAUGAAAAUCCAGAUCCAAGACAGAAAUUACACAGUGCAGAAUAAAGUGAGACUGGCAGUGUCGGCCUUCAUAUUCCUUCUGGCUUCAUGUCUUCUGUUCUAUGGCUUCAAGAGGGACCAGCAGAUGGAGCCAAAGUCUCGUCUGUAGAAAGAAUUGACUAUUAGCUUUCCAAAGAUCUGCUUAGUCAAAUGCUUUCAUAGAAUGUUGUGCGAUUUGAGUGUGUUUUCAUGUCUGUACCCAGUGAUGUGACAAACCACCUGAUCUAAAGCAUUUGAUAUGUCACCUGAGCCCUCUGUAUAUAAAAUACUCUCAAUGCAUGGUGGAUUGUUAGUCAACUGGACUGCACAGUAGAGAUUAAGAAAGAGAAAUGUCCUUUAAGGUCAACCUUUUGCCUAUAUAAAUCCUACCUAUUU